CAGGUAAAACCUACCUGUGAGUCAGAACAGAAAGGAAGGCUGUGGGAUUAUUUCGUAGUUUUCAGCUACAAUAAGUCGCAGUUUUAUGUACUUAUAACCCAAAUUCACCGGGAGAUAUAUUUGUUUAAUCAUUCUAAUGGCAGCGAGUGUAGGACUGGCCAUGAAUCCGCCGCAUACGACAGAAGAAAGAGCGGUUUUCACGCAGCUGAAGCCAGUGAGGAUGUCAGGAGCAGAGGGCGCUGAGGACGCAUCCGUGUUUGAAGACGUCAAACCCGGGAUUCAACUAGACUUGGACAAAUACCUUCCCCAGGUCAAUAAUUCUCUCUUGAGUCUGUCGACCGACACUGGUGACAAGAAAUACAGACGAGAGAGUGCUUCCGUGGUUGACGAGUACUUCUCAGAGGACAAACCCACUGCCCCGUACAGCCUCAACAUCAAUGUCAUCCUUCCCAGCACCACUCACCUCCGCACAGGCCUCUACCGGCCCAACACCAAGACCCUCACACCGCAGCAGAUCAAGAUAGAGCCAGGGCUGGAGGUGCCCUGCUCGAUUCCCCCCACUGCCGCCACCACCCAGGCUCUGCCAGACUUCACCUCUGUCUUCAGUGUGCCGCCGGUGGUCAACAAUGUUUUCAUCAAACCAGACAUGAACUCUGGAGGAGUGGCGUGUGUGACCGCAACAUCCCAGCAGCACCAACAGCAGCCAAAUUUGGACGCCGAGCUUCACAUCGGACCCCCGGCUCCCCAGCAGCAGGUCUACCACAUGCCCAUCACCAGCUGUGCUGACCUCACCAUGACUCUUUCCCACAGCAGCCCAUCGGGCCACACCUCCAGCGGUGGCAGGACCAUGCUGAACCUCGGCGGUGUAUCAUUGCCAACGACUAACGGCAACUACAUGAUGCCAGAGCACCAUAUGCAGCAGCACCAUGGUUACUACCAAGCCUCUCCAGCCAACUCAUCACAGCAUACGGGGCCUCACAGCCUGCCACCCUCACCCCCAAACUCUCAGCCUGGGAGCCCAGACGGUCAGGCAGAUCUCAGCUUAGCACCCCAACCUCCGCCUCCAUACCAGCAGCGCCUGGGAGGGAUAAAGGUGACGGGGUUGUCACCACACGCCUUGUUGAUGACACAUGGCCAGGGUGUCCUGACAGGUCCCAAAUACAACAGACGGAACAACCCAGAGCUGGAGAAGAGGAGGAUCCACUUCUGUGACUACCCAGGCUGCACCAAAGUUUACACAAAGAGCUCUCAUCUGAAGGCACACCAAAGGACGCACACAGGCGAGAAGCCGUACCGUUGUACAUGGGAGAGCUGCGACUGGCGCUUCGCCCGAUCGGACGAACUCACCAGACACUACCGGAAACACACCGGAGCCAAACCCUUCAAGUGCGUCGCCUGCAGCCGCUGCUUCUCACGCUCUGACCACCUGGCCCUGCACAUGAAGCGUCACCAGAAUUAACACAGACAUACCUGUAUAUACAAAACUAAUCUCACACACACACAUACAAACAAAAGAGCAGUAUCCAUACAUAACAGGCACCGGAAACAAAAUAGGGGAUCAACAUGAACAGAUAUACAACCAACAUCAUCCCUGAUUUAUUCUGGUGCUCUGUGCUUGUUAACUGAUAGCAGGCAAUUGGUUGGCCAUGGUCAGUUUUUGAACCUGAAGAGGCAUUAUGCAUGUGUAUUUGUGGGUCACAGGGAAUGUGGUCAACAGUAGAAGUUGUAGGUAAAUUUUUUGAAUGAUUAACAUCCAGUUAUGGAGAUUUCAGGAGAACUUAUUAUCAGUUUCACUCCAGUGAACGUACUUCCAGGCAGCUGCAACGGCUCGCUCUAUCACAUGCAAAAUGUCUUGUCGUUUUUCUGUCAUCUGCUAUCAGUCAACACAGUGUUUGCUUGGGUCUUAACACCAGAGCUAAUGAUCCACCAGGGGACCCAGAGAUGAUUUUGGUGUCUGUUCUCAUCACUCAACAGAUUUAAAAUAUGAACUGCUCCGACUCCUAGAAACACGCGAUACAUUCACAUUAGAACUCUGGUGUCAGAUUUGGGAUUGAUUACAUCCUGGAAACAACUUUCUUCUGCUGCCAACUUCAUCACUAUCACCAUCAUCAUCACUGUCAGUCUUUUAUCAUUUUGAGGUAUGAACUUUUAAGGAGACGUGGAAUUGAAUUUCCCUACAUCCUGCUUAUUGUAAAUACUUGUGUACAUAUAUUUGUGUGUGUAUAUGUAUGUCUGAGAAUACAACGAAUGUAUUGAGAUUUAUACUUGACUUUUUUUUUUUUUAAAUGUUAAUGAUAUGAGUAAUAUUCCACGUCGAAACUUCCUUGAGAUUUAAUCUCCUUUAAAAAAAGAGAGAGAGAGAGAGAGUAAAUAAACAAUCAAGAGACACAAUCCGAGAACUCUCCAUGGAAAAGUUAAUAAUCGUCUAGUUAUGCUUGUUUCAGCACAGGUACUACCUGUCGAGCUCAGAGAGCGGAGUGAUUUGCCAAUGUUUGUAUCCAUGACAUUACCCGUUGCCGUGGCGACAGAGCUCCUCUGACGACAGUUUGCGGUUUGCCCGCUGUUUCUAUUCAGCGCUGGGUUUUCUCCCCCUCCCCUUUCAUUUUUUUUCUUUUCUUCUUCCUCCUGUAUUAGUUCAACACUUCAACUCGAGAAACACGGAGAUGGGUGGAUAGACCUGUUAUGUAAACGUUCCUAAUCGUUUUAAUGUGUAGAACAGCUGAUUAGAGUCCGUUAACUGUAUGAACAAGUCAACGUUCACUUCUUUACAUGACAUUAACUGUCAGUUCCUGCUGUGUUUUGAAUCCAUCUCGACUGUGUAGUUGUGCAGCUCAAUAACAUAAGUAACAAGAGAAAGAUAUAGUGCACAGUACUCCAUGAACUAAAACAAUGUUACCAAGCAAUUAAUUGUGAAACUGGAAAAAAGAGAAAAUAAUCUGUAAUCAUUUUCUGUGAGAUUUUAAGAUUCGAAAUUUAAAAACCAUCAGCGGCAACCCCACACAAACAUGACACUUUUCCAGUUUGUCAGAAUAAUAACUGACAUUUAAAUGUCUCCCGGUGGAGCGAGUGAUCAAUAGUCCCCAUAAAACCUGAACCUCAGAGGUUCAGAUCUACAUGGCGGUAAAUUAAGAUUUAAUAUUUGAUUGUGAGACAAUCCAACAUAAAACACAGACAAAUGAGUUGAAGCAACAGUGAACCCAAAUUAUUUUUACACAAGAUGUGUCCUAGUGACGCAUAGAUGCAAUUGAACCAUUAAACCUACUAAAACUGUGUGUUACUUGUGUUGCAAGUCAUUUUUGUACCAAUCAUUUUUGAACAGCUCCGAUCAAAGAACAAAUGUUUUAUUGAGCUUUAACGUCAUGAAGCAACUCGAUGGGACUGGCCUCCAACUCGCUCAAAAAAAAAAGACUCAUUCUACUUGCACAAUGUCGCGUGACGUGUUUCUGUUUUCCUGUCAACUCUACAGUAAUGUUAUUUUUGCCUUCAACCUUAGUGAUCACCUUACAGUGCUUUUUCUUCCUCAUAUUACUUCACUUUUCAGUUAGUGUUGGACAUCUUGCAACGUUAGCCAGUCAGCCAAGUACUGAAAUGAAGAAUACAUUAUCAGCUGAAAAAAAAAGAAAAAAGAAAAAGAAUCC